ACAAGGUCGAACACUCGAACCACUUCUUGCACACAAACGCACACACCAGUAGAGAUAUCAAGAUGGAAUUCACGGCUGUGCUAAUCAAGAUUGUGGGCUUGAUCUCGGAGGCCUGCCGCACGGUGGAGAAGCUGCCGGCGGCGCUGAUCACGAGCGGCAUCGUUCAAGCUGCAGCGGCGCUCGCGCUCGCCGUCUUCAAGUCUCCGUCAGGUAUUUUCGUUGGUCAUGGAAGGGCGCCCUUGUACCUGUACUACGGCAUCCUCAUCGCCGUCAUAAUCUUUGGAUUCGUCGAGGCUUCUGCGGGCUUCUACGUGUCAGGCGACGUGACUCGGAGGCGCGCCGUCGGGACGACGAUCCUUUGGGUCUCCAUUUUGCCCAUUGUCCUUGUGGCUGGGCUUGGAGGCUCUGUCAUCUUGAAAUAGUAGCUAGUUGCAGUCUUGCAGACCCUGCCGUAUUUCACGUACUCUCGUUGCUGUAUACAAAUUCAGGUUCUUAUGUGAGCGUCAGGUUUGAUGCGCUUCCAUUGUUAUCCUGGAAUCUGUGUGAGGCUUAGGCUAUUAUGCUGUAUACAGCGGCACAUGCUGUUAGCAAAAAAAUAAA